GUGAUUUGAUAUUUCGAGAAUCGCAAUUUGUUCUUCAGGUUAAUGACGUCGACGAGAGUUCGAGAAUCGCAAUUUCACCUCGAUCGAUUCCGCUGCGCGCGUCGAUAUUGCAAUUCUCGACUACGCGUAUCUUCGAUACGCACGGAUUGGCGGGCAGUCACAGUUAGCGCGCGACGCGGAACGGAGCUGCAUACGAAUUGUUUCGCAUUUCUCGCGAUUAUUAUUAUCGGCUCGCAGUGCAAUUAUUCCGCGAUUGUGUCGCAAAGUAUCUUCGGAGUGUUCGAGGCGAUGCGCAAAAAAGAAUUUCGCGCACUAGCCGCCAAUCGGCAAUUUCACGGUGUGAAAUUGUAUCGCGGCCCGUUUGCGCUCCCGCGAAACAAAAUGGCCGACGCGCAACGCGAGAAAAAUUUUGUUCGAAAUUUCGGCCGCAAUUCGACCAUCGAGUCUCGAAAACAAGUUCACGGUGAGUGUUCCGCCACAAUCGUUUAUCAAUUUUGCGAUCUUUCGAUGUCAAUAAUGAGAUUCACGUAAGAGCGAAAGGUUCGGAAUCAACAAAAAAAAGUUCAACCGAACUUUUCUCAUAUUGUUACUUUCGAAGAGUCAUCGUUGAUAAAUUGAGAACGAAUUCGCAUGCGCAACGAGUUGUCGCGAGCAUCUCUGCGAAAAUAUCGAAUUGUUCAGUGUGUCGCGAACAACACCGCCAUUUUGUGUAUAUGCGGUGAUAUGCGCUUUCGUGUGAAGUUGCUUAUUUCGUGAAAUCGAAUUUCGCAUAGACUAUCAAAUUUUAUAUCGCGAGAUGUUUUCACACUUUGAACUUGCGCGUUCGGACUUGCGUGUGACUUCGAGAUUCCGGCGCUCUCCGCUAGAUGUCGCCGCGAGUACCUUUCACGAACUACGAGACUUGCGCCGCGGCUACGUGAUUUUGUCGCGGUCCGCCGCCAUCUUGCUGCAAUCGGAAGUUUAUUGUGCGAUUACACAUCCGCGGAGUUUUUCAUGUGAUAUGCGUGAACGAGACAGUGCGACGAGUAACACGCAAAUGUUCGACGAGGGAAACGCAAGUUGACACUGCCGAUUCCAGAGGAUUGUUCUGUCUUCGGCGACGAGUGAUACGACGGGAACACGACGGUUGACAUUGAGCGAACGUCUUCGUUCUCGAGACGCAAAAAGAGGAAGAAAGAGAGAUUAAAGACUCGAAAUUCCGUUACGGCAAAAAAAUAAGAAGAGGAAGCGGACGGAAAUAAAUAGCGAAAUGGAGGGGUAUCAACCGCCGCAGUCGAAAUAUCGGUCGGUUAACAGCAACCACGAGUCCUACGUCAGAUUCAUUAACACGACACCUCACUACGUUACCAUGUACUGGAUGGAUUAUCAAGGACACGCGGUUGAUUACGGCGUUCUCUCACCCCGAGGCUGCAAGGAAAUAAAUACGUUCGCGACUCAUCCGUGGAUCUUCGUUAAUACAGAAACCGGUGACAGGUAUAUGGUGGAUCAGCACGACGUUUUCUAUCCGAAAGCGUUUGCGAAUGACCAGGCGAACCAUAACGGGCUGCGUCCGCCGGUGCCGCGGAGAAUCGAGAGGAUCAACGUGUGCAUUGUUCUGCCGAUGUUUACGCUUCAAGAAUUGUCGCUGAGGGUCAUCAAAAAAUAUCUCAAGUACGAUUAUCAGGCGUUCGAUCUCGAAAUUCCGCGUAGUCUUCAGGUUGAGCUUUACAACACUCGGCCGAAGAAAUCUCGUCCGAAAACAAGUUCGUAACUCGAGUGGUAGUACAAUAGCAAAUCGAACGCUUGUUGUAAUUUUGUCACAUGGACAAACAGACGUUUCAGGAGUUUGUAAUUUUUAUGACACACGCGGAAACUUGUUUGUACAUGUCGUGUAUUAUAUCGACGUAUGUGUGUCGUCACGUUACGUUAAUAUUACAUGCAAAUUGCAUUUUGCAAGUAAAUAUUUUACAAAAAUACUCUUGAAAAGAGUGCAAACUGUGAGUGAUCUCGCAAUAGAUCGCAUUUUGAAUGAAAUUUUUUCCGAUAUAAUUAAAAAAAAACCGAUCGAAUUCACGUAAAUACAGUAAAAUAUUACGAUUAUAUAAUCCACGUGGAAGAUAUAUAUUUCGUGGAAGAUAUAUAUCUCUGUUUCUUUCUUAUUAAGAACAUAAUUUUUAAAUUCCAAGAUUUUCGUACAAUUUUCGUAAAUACAAAGCACCACGUGCGAAACUAUUUGAAGAAAAGCGAUGUGCGCUCACACAAAAAUCAAAAUACCAAAUCGCGUAAGGGAUCACGUGCAGUUGUUUUUGUUUUCUCAUUGUGCAAUAUAUAUAAUUUCGUCAAUUAUACUUUUCUCUUGUGUUACGAAGAAAAGAUCUUCAGUGCUGUCCCCCGAGUUGCCAUUCUAUCUUGAUAUGCGCUCGUUUGCAAAAUAGAUAGACACAAUUAGAUUGUACUUUGUAUCUGUACUAAAUAUUUUAUACUCACAUUUUUUUAUUUAUACUAUAAGAGCGUUUCUGAGUACAAAAGCGAACUAACGAGAUACACAGUUUUCGUUUAACAACGAAUAAAUCAACAACGAAUAUCCUCUUUUCGAUAUCCUAACCUUCUCCUCUCUGAUAACGAUUUCGAUUGGGUGCGCCCGCCGCCGUACAGGAAGUUUCUGGAAAAUCGUCGAUAGUAAUCCGAGCUCGUUUUCGCAAUUUGUUAGAGUUCCAAAGGUAUUAAAGCCGGCUUCUCUUUCUCUCUUCCGCCACCUCUCUGUGUCUCGUCCUUCUCGCUCCUCUCGCAUUCCUUUCAUUUUCCACGUGAGCUCAAGAUAUUCCAAAAACUUUAUGUUAAUUAACAGUUAAAUUAGUCGAAUAUCGAGCGCACUCUCUUAGAUGUAAAACGAUUGUAGUAAUAAUUCGAUUUGCAGCGUAAAUUUUGUUUUAAAAGAAAAAAAAAACAUGUUAACCGGUGUAAUAAAUAUACAUAUGUAAUAUACGUAUG